GUUUAAUUUUCUUUAUUUAUUUGUAUUGUAAAGCUUCAAGUGUUGAAGUGAACCACACAAUAGAACCUAAAAAUCUAAAAGAAAACACGUAAAGUUGUCACUUGCCAUACAAAAAAGAAACAAUGUUUGGAAUGACGUGUAAACUAACACCCCACUUAUAUACUCAUUUCUUUCUCUCCUCAAAUACUUAUAUUCUUCCUCACACCACUUCACAAUUUCCAAUCAAAAUUAGAAAACACAAAGGAAUUCUCAAAAGAAAAACAGGUGAAUAUCCAAACCAAUGGAAGAUAAACAACCCCCCACAAUGCAAAUUCAAGUUAAAGUUGAAGAAACUCAUCAAAUACCCACCUCGUUGAGUCAAGAAAAAACCAGGUUUGACGCGCCCGGAAACGACGAUCAUCAUCAACUACAACCGCAACAACAGCAACAACAACAACAACAACAACAACAACAACAACAACAACAACAACAACAACAACAACAAAAGCGGCCAAAUGAGAGCAAUAGUGAAGAACAGAAGAAACCAAUAGUUGAUCAAGAAAAGAUGGAGAAAAGGAGUAAUAGUAAUAAUAAUAAUGUAGGAAUAUUGGGUCCAAGAGAGAGAAUGAAGAGGCAUAGAAGAGAGGUAGCAGGGAAUGUUUGGAUACCAGAAAUGUGGGGCCAAGAAAAUUUUCUCAAAGAUUGGACUGAUUGUUCAGCGUUCGAUGCUUCUUUGGUGCAUCAAAAUAUAAUGCUAGCUCGAGCUUCUUUAAUGGAGGAGAGAAGAAGAUCUAAUUCCACUACUCUCACUGUAGAAAAUAGCUGUUAGUUUUCUUAUUACUAUUGCUUUUUAUUUCCCCCUUCUUUUCCCGUUGUUAAUAUAAAUUUGUUUACAAAGAUAAAAGAUCAUAUACGUAUACAAGUAUUAUUUAUGUGUACAAACGAAAUGUGUGUUCGUUUGCACGUAAUUGAUUUUAUUAGCAUGAUAGUACAUGUGGUUUCUAAUUUAUACAUUUAUUUACAUAAAAUAUAUAAAAAAGCUAAGAGAUUAUCAAGCUAUUCAAGUA